AUGCCCAACUAUCGACUUCAAGACUUGAAAGUUCCCGAUUCGCAUAUCUGCUUCCUAACUAGACAAGAAUGGAUUAGCGGAAUUUUCGACCACACUCUCGCAGCGCUACUCAACGGAACUGCAAAUGAUCAUGGGGAUAAUAUAAAGGAAGGAGCAGCUGAUGGCGGCGCCGCGGGUGGGGCGUUCACCCAAGCUCUCCUUCCUACUUUCAAGUCGUCUGACGCGGAUAAACCCACCUAUACCUCUCUUUUCAAGAGGACGGACAAGAUACCAUCCCAAAACCCUCAGUGUGAAAGGUUGAACCAGAACCGCAUCAUUUUCGACUCCAGGGCACCUACAACAGGACGUACAACAGCUGGGGAGGCAGAGGAUCUUUUGCUAUUCGCUCCGCUUGAUGGAAAACUUCUCGCCCUGUAUGAAACUCUGGCAAUGGCGUUCGACAUCCUUGAUCCGCAUCUCGCAGAGCACGGCUUGACGCGUAUGCCUCAUCCCGUAGAAAACAACCUUGCUGCUCGUUUCUAUUGGCAUCUCAACUGCGAGGUGAAAGAUGCUCUCGUCAACAUCUAUACCUACAUUGAAUGCAUGACCCUCAAACCCACAAGUGAUUACGACUCCUCCGGAAAUGCAAUUCUGAAACCGACUGGGGACAACCUCCUACAGCUUGUUGUCAUUGACGUCGUUGCGUCAGAUCGGACGAUGUAUGGAUAUAAAAUUACCAACAACAGCGCUCGUGUUCUCCACAUCUACUCCUUUUACUUCGACAACAGCAACUUUAGCUUUGGUAAUUUCAAGAUAAUUCUUACCACCACUUGA